AUGAUAGGCCGUCAUAUUCCUUAUUCUUCAUUUGACGCAUGGAGGUUCUUAGAAAACUUAGAUAAACCUAACGAUGGACCUUUACCACCUACACCCGAUCCACCUAACAGCUCAGCACUUGAUAUUCAACCUUCUGUUAAAUGUCAACCUAAAACAUCAAGUGACCGCCCUAGACAAGUAACAAGAGCCCAAGAUUUAUCCAAUUCCUCUGGUGCGCAGCAGAUUUCAAGGGCAGAAUUACCACUAGAUAAUAUUCAUUCCGAUAGUCCAGCAUCCCUUCAAUUUCUACCUUCUGAUCUUCACACUGGAUAA